CCUCGCUGUCCCUCAGUCUCCUCCUCUUGGCAUUGGGUUCGCAGUCGCUGCACUUGAGAAGUCAGAUCUUGGUGAAGACCUGCGGGAGCUUGCUGCUCCCGUAGCCUCCCCCAGGCUUUGAGGACACCCCAGUCUUUCGUCUUCGCGCCGCCGCCUUCAGGCCGACUUGGAGGAAGUGAUCUGCAGCCGGGGAGGGGAGCACAGGGCCGGGUGCGCGAGGAGGCGAGCGCCCACUGUCCAGACCGGCUGCAGAGAUCCCAGGCGCGGUCGAGGGCGACGCGCCUGGGUGGAGACGGGAUCGGAGGGCUGGGGGCGCGGCGGCCACUCCGGGAGGUCUGGCGGCGAGCGUGACCUCACUGGGAGGGGCCAGCACGCAGCUGGGGCUCGGAACCCAGCGCUGAGGGCGCUGUGCGGAGCGGUUCGCAGCGCCGAGAGCGCAAGCCGUGACCGGGAUGGAGCGCUACAAAGCACAGGGGUGUUGCUGUCUGAUGGUGCAGAGAAGGAUCCUGCAGGUCUCUACUUCCCUGGAGCAGCUGCUGACAGAGCUGGAUGACUUCCUCAAGGUUCUAGACCAGGAGAACCUGAGCAGCGCAGCCUUGGUGAGGAAGAGUGGCCUGGCGGAGCUCCUGCGGCUUUACACCAAGAGCAGUAGUUCUGAUGAGGAGUACAUUUACAUGAACAAAGUAUCAGUCAACAGGGAGCAGAACUCAGCAUCUCCACUUGAAGUGCCCGAGGAGCAGGGUCCACUGACCAAUGGGGAGCCCAGCCGGCACUCCUCAGCCCCACAGAAGAGCCUUCCAGAUCUUCCUCCACCCAAGACGAUUCCAGAGCGGAAGCAGCUCACUGUUCCAAAGAUUGAGUCUCCUGAGGGUUACUAUGAAGAGGCUGAGCCAUAUGAUACGUCCAUCAUUGGUCACUAUGGAUCUUAUCUCCCUACUGGAGUCCCCAGAUCAGCACAGUUGCCUGAAGGAGUCAUUUAUGCCACGAUCACCUUGGAGGACGGAGAGGCCGUGAGCAGCUCCUACGAGUCCUACGAUGAAGAGGAGAACAGCAGAGGCAAGGCGGCCCCCUACCAGUGGCCCUCGCCCGAGGCCAGCAUUGAGCUGAUGCGUGACGCCCGCAUCUGUGCCUUCCUGUGGCGCAAGAAGUGGCUGGGCCAGUGGGCCAAGCAGCUCUGUGUGAUCAGGGACACCAGGCUCUUGUGCUACAAAUCAUCCAAAGAUCACAGCCCUCAGCUGGACGUGAACUUGCUGGGGAGCAGCGUGGUGCACAAGGAGAAACACGUGCGGAAGAAGGAGCACAAGCUGAAGAUCAUGCCGAUGAAUGCCGACGUGAUUGUGCUGGGCCUCCAGAGCAAGGACCAAGCCGAGCAGUGGCUUCGGGUCAUCCAGGAAGUGAGUGGCCUGCCUUACGAAGGAGCUGUGGAGGGAAACCAGUACACACCAGAUGCCCAGCGCUUGAACUGUCAGAAACCAGAUAUAGCUGAGAAAUACCUGCCAGCUUCGGAGUAUGGGAGCUCCAUUGAUGGCCACCCUGAGGUCCCAGAGACCAAAGACGUCAAGAAGAAGUGUUCUGCUGGCCUCAAACUGAGCAACCUGAUGAACCUGGGCAGGAAGAAGUCCACCUCGCUGGAGCCCCCAGAGAGAUCCCUCGAGACAUCAAGCUACCUAAAUGUACUGGUCAACAGCCAGUGGAAGUCACGUUGGUGCUUCGUUAGAGACAGCCACCUGCACUUCUACCAGGACCGGAACCGGAACAAGGCUGCCCAGCAGCCCCUCAGUUUGGUGGGCUGUGAAGUGGUUCCAGACCCCUGCCCUGACCACCUGUACUCCUUCCGCAUCCUCCACAAUGGCGAGGAGCUGGCCAAGCUUGAGGCCAAGUCCUCAGAGGAGAUGGGCCACUGGCUAGGCCUCCUGCUCUCAGAAUCAGGCUCCAAGACAGACCCGGAGGAGUUCACCUAUGACUAUGUGGACGCAGAAAGGGUUUCCUGUAUUGUGAGUGCGGCCAAAACCUCUCUCUUACUGAUGCAGAGAAAGUUCUCAGAACCCAACACAUACAUUGACGGCCUGCCCAGUCGGGACUGCCCAGAGGAGCUGUAUGAUGACGUCAUGUCGGAGUCAAUGACGGUGGUAGAGCCUGCUGAGGAGGCUGCCCCUGCUGUAGAUGCUAACAGUGAGAGUGAGCUCGACCGGGUGUACCUGGAUCUCACUCCUGUCAAGUCCUUCCUGCACGGCCCCAGUGAGGGACAGGCAGAGGCCUCGCUCCCAGCAUUGCCACAGCUGGACGACCUAGCUGAGACCCUCACAGUAGACCCAGACCCUGGCCUCACCCCAGACGAGCCCCACACAGGGUCUCCAGAAAGCCUGGAGGAGCAGCAGAGGCCGCUGGAGAGUCAGGAAUCCUCGGAACCCUUGGAGCCUGCCUUGAGAAUCCCUACAGUCAAACUGCAGGCCGAGCAGCAGAGAAUCUCCUUCCCAGGCAACUGCCCGGACACCGUGGUUUCUGCCCCCACCAGUGCCAGCUCGCCUGUGAAGGACAAGCUGAGGGUGACCAGCGCAGAGAUCAAACUCGGGAAAAACCGGACUGAGGCCGAGGUGAAGCGGUACACGGAGGAGAAGGAGAGGCUGGAGAGGAAGAAGGAGGAGAUCCGGGGGCACCUGGCUCAGCUCCGCAGAGACAAGCGGGAACUCAAAGAGAUGCUGCUGAGGUGCACAGAUAAGGGAGUCCUGGCCAACCUGGAGCAGAAGCUGAAGAGAGUGGAUGAGGAGUGCCGGAUCGAGGAGAGCAGGCUCGUGGACCUUGAGCUCAACAUCAUGGAGGUGAAGGACAACCUGAAGAAGGCCGAGGCUGGACCCGUGACGCUGGGCACAGCUGUGGAUACCACCCACCUGGACAACAUGAGCCCUCGGGCGCAACCCAAAGCUGCCGCUCCCACCCCCACCCCCACCCCAGACUCUACCCCAGUCAACUCUGCCUCCGUGCUCAAGAACAGGCCUCUUUCCAUCAUGGUCACAGGCAAAGGCACCGUCCUACAGAAAGCCAAGGAAUGGGAGAAGAAAGGAGCCAGUUAGGAAACACAAAUGAACCACCUAAAGACUGUGUCAGUGUGGACCUUGGUGACAAUCCUGCUUCCGUCAAGUCAUCGAUAAACAGUCCCUCUGAGGAAGGGUGAGUCUGUGCAGAAGAAAAGCAAGGAAUGAGGUGCCGUGAAGGAGGCAUUGUCCCCUUUCCAGGCCAAAGGGAAUACUGCGGCGGCAGCUUCUUGGGAGACCUAAGUCUAUUGGCCAUCAGUGAGACAUUGUACCUUUUCUUUUUUUAAAAAAGAUUUUAUUCAUCAAUCUGUUGUUUUAUCAAGAUUUUUAAGUGGUGGAAAAAAUGGCCAUGUGGCUUUGGUGACAAGAAAAUGUAAACUGCUGACCCCUUAUCUUUAAUCCUGCAUUUGGCGGUGUUAGGGGUAAUCUUAAAGAGCAUUGGCCACCAAAGGCGUGAACUCUGGAGACCAGUAGCAAGGACACAUUUGGGACCAAGCUAAGGCACUGACUCCACCAAGGACUUUCCUGAUUCAACUGCCUUUAAAAGACAAACUCUUAAACAAUGCUGUAUUGGAUAGGGGAAACUCCCUGUGUUUACAGACUCCGUCCUGUGGCCAGGCCAUUUUUAAGAAAAGUUAGUUAAUCGCCUCUUCAUCCCACUUUAAAGAUGUUUUUAAUGUCUGGUCCCCUUGCAGGACAGAGUGGUGAGCAGCCAGUGCUGUCCUUUUGUGCUCCGUCUCUGUGCUGGCAUUAACACAGGUUGAAACAUUUCAUCGACCCCAUUUCUGGGCAUUCAGAAUCAGCUAUUGAACACUGGUUCCUGAAGGCUAAAUAUUUUUUAUGUAUAAUGUCUUUCUAAUCCCAGGGCAUUUAUUUCCUGUGAAAUAAACACUUGGUGACCUUUACCAAGUGGUGAGUUAGAUUUUUUUAAAUAAAAUGUUCAUUGUAUUUUGGGUUUCCCUUGUAUUUCAUGGCAUGACCCGGGGCAAAAGUCUUGAUUAUUUACACAAUGAAUUUAAAUAUAAACUGUAAAAACUGGCCGAGCCACAAGGGGUAGCGCCUAGCAAUAAGGAUCCUUAAUCAAGUGCUGAGUUAAUUACUGUAUAAUUGAUAAGGUACCAAAUACACAGGAAAUGCCUCAGGAAGCUAAUGUCAUGCAUACAAUUGGAAACCAAACCUCUGGAUGUUAAACAGGAAACUCUUGGGGAGAAGAAACAUACCAAUAUGUAAAAGGCUGCCUAUGCAAUGAUUAAGGAAAUUUAGAACAUAAAUGUAUUUAUUUUCUACUUAAAAAUCAACAAGACAAAAUUCUGACUCCUUGAACAUGCCACCGAAGCAGACGGAAAAGCGGAAUUGACAGGGAAGCCUUAAAUACAGACACUGCUGAGAAGAUCAUGGAUGCAACAGGAUGAAAGUUUGGGAAACCUAGGGGUUCCAUGAAAGUUAGCACUGCUCCGAUAGAAAAAUGUCUACAUACUGCAAACCAGACCUUAUCAGGGGAGCCAGAAGAUCGGUUCAAUGAUUGAAAUGUAACAAUAUGGAACUGUCUGUAUCCACAGUUUAAAUGUGGAUGGGGGAAUCACAGUGCAAACCUGGAGAGAGAAGUAGCGUCUCGGCCAGACAGACUUGGCGCACAGAACCCCGACAAGGUUCUCUACACCUGUAAUGGUGGGGACCUCUCAUAGUGGGAACAUAUGUCAUACGCGUCGCAUCAUGACAUUACCCAUGCUUCUCAAAGGCUGUCUGCAGUUUCAGAGCUCUCCAUGCUGCUGCUGACAGCCCAGUUCCCAACAGCACACGCAAACAGGGGAGGAACACACAUUAGCGCUGCAGAGUUAGGUGCUCAAAGAGUCCUCUUGGCCACACAGAUACAAUUACUCCGGAUACACCAAUGGCUGAUUUCUCGUGAAAAGCUCCUCAACAGACUGAGCGGGAGAAGCAUGUAAGACAAAGCAAUCCAAUACGCUUUCAAAGAGAACCUCCUUGUUACCCCUUCACUCCUUAAUGGCCGACCGAGUUUGUGAAAUCUGCCCUGCAUUGCCACCACUAAAAAGAGGACCCCCAUACCACUCACCUCUCUAAUAAUCUCUGAAAGGAAACCCCCUGGAGGUCUUCCUGCGCAGCACCAAGACCAACCACACAUGGAGACCAGAGCUGUCUGUACACUAUGCCCCCUCUGUAUACUCAGACUGGUUAGUUGGUCUUUCCCACAUGCAGAUCUGAUCACCAGAAAAAGUCACAAAUGCCACUUCAAGCUAAAUCCAUGAGCUAUCUUUGGAAAAUGGAGAAGCCCACGUUUUGUGUCAAUACCAUUGCUGCAUGGUAUACUCUGUCGGACGCCUUCCUCUGGGCACUGCAACCUUUUCAGAAUUCUGUCUAGCAUUUGCGAUGGUCAAAAUGACCCUCAAACAGGCCAUCAAAUUCCCCUGACCGCUUUCUUAUCCUCUAGAAAAGUGACCAG